CGUGACGAAGGGGGUUGCAGGCAAUCUUUAGCUCACACUGCAUCGUGAUCAGACAGGACGCAGCACGGUGACACUGCCAGGUGACAACCCGCGGCCCUCCGGCACUCCCGAGCAGCACAGAGAUCAGCAUGUCCGCCGUCCUCCUCUCCCUCCUCUCCUCCUUCCUCUUGUUCUCCAUAUCCGAGGCGUCUCCAGGCAGCUGCAUAUUGGAGAGGAAGCAGCAGAAAGCGGCCCCGUCUGCGGAGCCCGGACUGACCAGGUGCCAGCAGUACUCAAACAACGCCUGCUGUUCUCCUGACCUCGCGCACGUCCCCCUCAGCCCCCCAUUUCCUUGGGAUCAGUGCGGCCGCCUCAGCCCAAGGUGUGACUCCUACGUCCGCCAUGUUGGAUGCAUGUACCUCUGCUCCCCGCACAUCUCCGCAUGGGGGAGCCCCGAAUCUGCCACUGGAAUCAAGGAGCUGCCAUUGUGCGGCAAGUUCUGUGACCAAUGGUUCGACGCCUGCAAAGAUGAUUUAAUUUGCACAGCAGGCAACGCCGUCGGCACCAACUGCUCUCAGGAAUGUGUCACGUACACACAGGCGUUUGGAUCAGGCAGACAGAUGUGCGAUAACGUCUGGGACCACUCUUUUAUAGCUGUGACAGAGCCAUGCUUUUGCAUCACCCCCACACAGCAGGGGGCGGGCAUUUCUUCCGAGAACCCCACCCCUGCAGAUCUGGACUCCACCCAGGAGGGACCAUCUGGAGCAUCGGAGAUAUGCUCCCAGGAGCUUCAAAAAGUCCCAUCCAAAAAGAGGGUCAGGAAGGCUUUGCGCAAGAGGAGUGUUUUUGUCGAAGACGUGGAGGGAAGCGGAAGCGGGUUUUGAGGGAGGACAUUUUUCCUUUUUCUGACAUCUUGAGCGGCCAUCUCUUUAAUCACGCGGCUCCCCCUCUUUAAUUAAACGCCGCUUUACCAUUGCUCCGAGACUCCUAAUUAGAACACAAUUGGGCUAAGUCUCUGCAAGCACAAGCUGAGCCAAAGAGCUUACAAUCAAUUCAUGGCAAAAACCCCAUUCCCAUCCAGGUAUGAUUCAAUAACAAAGGCUUUUGAAAUGAUUAAAUACCCCUACAGCUUUUGCUUUUAUUUCCCGCUCUUCCCGUUUCUAUGCAGAUUCUGAUCAGCAGCCAAUCGUAGGGGGCCAAGGGAGACAAUGUGAUUCUGUUAUCCAUUCUAUAUUUCUGUGUACCACACCGCGACAGAAACCAAAAUAUCAAAAAAUAAAUGAUUUAAACGC